AUGUACGGCACCGGAACCGGUCCCCAGACGGGAGUCUCUACCCCCCGAUCCAACGCUUCUCUGCGUCCCCUUACUCUUCGCCACGGUUCUCUCGAGACCUCCCUCCUUGUACCGACCGCUCUCCACUUCCACGCUUCGCAGUUGAAGGAUCGCUUUACUGCCACUCUCCCCACCGCCACAGACGAGCUCGCCCAAGAUGACGAGCCUUCGUCCGUCGCAGAGCUGGUUGCGAGAUACAUGGGCUUCGUCGCCGACGAAGUCGAGAAGGGUGAGGACGACGAGUCGGGCUCCUAUGAGGAGGUCCUGAAGCUUGUCCUUAACGAGUUCGAGCGUGGAUACCUCCAAGGUAACGAGGUCCACGCCCUCGCCGCUACGUUGCCCGGCAUUGAUGCCAAGAAGUUGGUUGUCAUCCGUAGCUACUACCAGGCCAGACAGACCACUGGUCGCUCAAUCAAGGCAUACGGCUCAGCGCUCUUCCGCGCUGCCGACGAUGGCUCCGCCGACAUUUACACCAUUUUCGGUGGACAGGGCAACAUCGAGGAGUACUUUGAUGAGUUGCGCGAGAUCUACAGGACAUACCAGCCUUUCAUCGGCGCGCUUAUCCUCAACGCCGCUGAACUGCUCCAGACCCUCUCCAAGCACCCCGAGGCAGAGAAGCUCUACCCCAAGGGCCUCGACAUCAUGAGAUGGCUCGAGAGCGAAGACGAGACGCCUGAUGUGGACUACCUCAUCUCGGCCCCUGUCAGUUUUCCCCUGAUUGGUCUCGUUCAGCUUGCGCACUACGAGGUCACCUGCAAGGUUCUCGGUGUACACCCCGGCCUGCUUCGCGAACAGAUCAGCGGUACGACUGGUCACUCCCAGGGCAUCGUUCUCGCCGCUAUCACGGCCGCCGCAGACUCCUGGGAGUCAUGGAAGGAGCUCGCACCCUCGGCGCUCACGAUCCUUUUCUGGAUCGGUGCCCGCAGCCAACAGGUGUUCCCCCGCACAUCGCUGACCCCCACCAUGCUGAGAGAGUCCGUGGACAACGGGGAAGGUCUUCCCACCCCCAUGCUUAGCAUCCGAGACCUCUCUCAGGCUGAGGUUCAGAAGCACAUUGAUGCGACCAACAAGUACCUACCUGCCGAUCGCCACAUCUCCAUCUCCCUUAUCAACAGCCCGCGUAAUCUCGUUGUUACGGGUCCUCCCAUUUCCCUGUACGGUCUUAACGCCCAGCUCCGCAAGGUGAAGGCGCCGACUGGAUUGGACCAGAACCGUAUUCCUCACGGCCAGCGCAAGCUCCGCUUUGUUCACCGCUUCCUCCCUAUCACCGCCCCUUUCCACAGCAAAUACCUUGCUGAGGCGACGGAGCUGAUUGAUGAGGACCUCAAGAACAUCAAGAUUUCCUCCAAGUCUCUUGGUACUGCGGUGUUCGACACCAACACUGGCAAGGACCUUCGCGAAGCUGGCGACAGCAACAUUGUUCCCACCCUCAUCCGUCUCAUUACCAGAGACCCCGUCAACUGGGAGAAGGCUACCGUCUUUCCCCAGGCGACUCAUGUCCUUGACUUCGGUCCUGGAGGCAUUUCUGGUCUUGGUGUUCUCACCAGCCGCAAUAAGGAGGGUACCGGCGUGCACGUCAUUCUUGCUGGCUCUGUCAACGGCUCCGUCACUGAGGUUGGGUACAAGCCAGAGCUCUUUGACCGUGAUGAAGAGCACGCCGUCAAGUAUGCGGUCGACUGGGUGAAGGAAUUUGGCCCCCGUCUCGUUACCACGUCCAACGGUGACACAUACGUCGACACCAAGAUGAGCAGACUCUUGGGUCUCCCUCCCAUCGUUGUCGCCGGUAUGACGCCCUGCACCGUCCCUUGGGAGUUCGUUGCGGCGACCAUGAACGCCGGUUACCACAUUGAGUUGGCCGGUGGUGGCUACUUCGAACCGGGUAUGAUGACCGCUGCUCUGAGGAAGAUCGAGAGUGCUAUCCCUGCUGGACGUGGUAUUGGCGUCAACCUCAUCUACGUCAACCCUCGCGCCAUGCAGUGGCAGAUUCCCAUGCUCGCAAAGCUCAGAGCUGAAGGUGUUCCCAUCGAGGGCCUGACCAUUGGUGCUGGUGUUCCUUCCGUCGAGGUUGCACAGGAGUACAUCGACACCCUUGGCCUUAAGCACAUCAGCUUUAAGCCUGGUUCUGUUGAUGCGAUCCAGUCUGUCAUCAAUAUCGCCAAGGCCAACCCUACCUUCCCUGUUAUUCUGCAGUGGACUGGUGGUCGUGGUGGCGGUCACCAUUCGUACGAGGACUUCCACCAGCCCGUCCUGACCAUGUACCCACGUAUCCGUCGCCAGGCAAACGUCAUUCUCGUUGCCGGCAGUGGUUUCGGUGGUGCCGAGGACACAUACCCGUACCUGACGGGCGAGUGGUCAAAGAACUACGGCUACCCUCCCAUGCCCUUCGAUGGCACUCUAUUUGGCAGCCGCAUGAUGGUCGCCAAGGAGGCCCAUACCAGCCCUGCUGCCAAGCAGGCCAUCAUCGACGCACCUGGUGUUGAGGACAGCGAAUGGGAGAAGUCGUACACUGGCCCUACUGGUGGUAUUGUCACUGUUCUCUCAGAAAUGGGCGAGCCCAUCCACAAGCUCGCUACUCGUGGUGUUCUCUUCUGGGCUGAGAUGGACAAGAAGAUCUUCUCUCUCCCCAAGGAGAAGCGUGUUGCUGAGUUGAAGAAGAACCGUGACUACAUCAUCAAGAAGCUCAACGACGAUUUCCAGAAGGUUUGGUUCGGCCGCAACCGUGCUGGCGAGGCGGUCGACCUCGAGGACAUGACCUAUGGUGAGGUUGUCCGCCGCAUGGUGGACCUGCUUUACAUUCGUCACGAGCAGCGCUGGAUUGAUCCCACAUUCAUCAGACUCACGGGUGACUUCAUCCGCCGUGUCGAGGAGCGUUUCACCUCCAAGCCCGGUCAGGUCGCUCAGCUUCAGGAUUACAAGGAUCUCCAAUCCCCUUACGAGACUGUCGAGAAGAUCUUGUCUCACUACCCUGAUGCUGAGACUCAGCUCAUCAACGCCCAGGAUGUUCAGCACUUUUUGAUGCUAUGCUUGCGCCCCAUUCAGAAGCCUGUUACCUUCAUCCCCACCCUUGACGAGAACUUCGACUUCUACUUCAAGAAGGAUUCACUGUGGCAGUCUGAGGACCUUGGUGCUGUAAUUGGCCAGGACGUCGGCCGUACCUGCAUUCUUCAAGGACCUAUGGCUGUCAAGUACUCGAAGGUCAUUGACGAGCCCAUCAAGGACAUUCUUGACGGUAUUCACAACACCCACGUUGAGUAUUUGACUAGAGACCUUUACAACGGUAAUAAGGAGGCGAUUCCCACCAUUGAGUACUUCGGUGGCAAGUUGAUCGAGAGCGAGGUUCCCGUCGAGGAUGUCGAUGGUCUGACCGUGUCGUAUGAUGACGCCCACAAGAACACUUACCGUCUGUCGACCUCACCCACGGCCACUCUGCCUAGCCUCGAUGCUUGGCUGGCUCUGCUUGCUGGUCCCGACCGCAGCUGGCGCCAUGCUCUUCUCACCUCCGAGGUUGUUGUUCAGGGCCAGAAGUUCCAGACCAACCCCAUCAAGCGCAUCUUUGCCCCCGCUCGUGGCCUCUUUGUCGAGAUCCACAACCCCAAGGACCCGAAGAAGACCAAGAUCGUCGUCAAGGAGCAGCCUCGCCACAACCAGUACGUCGAUGUUAUUGAGGUCCAGCUUGAAGGUCAAAACGAGAUUGUCGUCAGCAUGAUUAAGGACACCACCGCCCUUGGCAAGCCCGUUGCGCUUCCUCUCAAGUUCACCUACCACCCGGAGGCUGGCUACGCUCCCAUCCACGAGGUUAUGGAGGGUCGCAAUGACCGCAUCAAGGAGUUCUACUGGCGUGCGUGGUUCGGUGACGAGACCUUUGACCUCGAUGCCGAUGUUAGCAGCAAGUUCGAUGGUGGCAAGGCUACCAUCACCGGCGAAGACAUUAACGACUUCAUCCACGCGGUUGGCAACACCGGCGAGGCCUUUGUCGAGCGCCCGGGCAAGACGGUCUACGCCCCCAUGGACUUUGCCAUUGUCGUCGGCUGGAAGGCUAUCACCAAGCCCAUCUUCCCCCGCACUAUUGAUGGUGACCUGCUGAAGCUGGUUCACUUGUCCAACGAGUUCCGUAUGAAGCCAGGUGCUGAGCCUUUGAAGAAGGGCGACGAGGUCUCCACCACUGCCCAGAUCAAUGCUGUUAUCAACCAGGAUUCUGGCAAGAUGGUCGAGGUCUGCGGUACCAUCUACCGGGAUGGCGAAGCCGUCAUGGAUGUCACCUCUCAGUUCCUGUACCGUGGUGCCUACACAGAUUACGAGAACACCUUCCAGCGCAAGAUGGAGACCCCGAUCCAGCUGCACCUGGCCACCAGCAAGGACGUCGCUGUUCUUAAGUCGAAGCAGUGGUUCAACACUGAUGACUUGCCCCGCGACCUGGAUCUCCUCGGACAGACGCUCACAUUCCGCCUUCAGAGCUUCUACCGCUACAAGACCAAGACGAUGUACAGCAGUGUCUCCACACAGGGUCAGGUCUUGCUCGAGCUUCCCACCAAGGAGGUCAUACAGGUCGCCAGCGUUGAUUACGAGGCUGGUCAAUCCAACGGCAACCCUGUCGUCGACUACCUUGAGCGCAACGGUGCCCCCCUCGACCAGCCUUUGAACUUCGAAAACCCCAUUCCUCUCAGCGGGCGCACCCCUCUUCAGCUCCGUGCCCCUGCGACGAACGAGAACUACGCCCGCGUCUCUGGUGACUACAACCCCAUCCACGUUUCGCGCGUCUUUGCCAACUACGCCGCCCUACCCGGCACCAUUACCCACGGCAUGUACUCCAGUGCAGCCGUCCGUAGCUUGGUUGAGACGUGGGCUGCUGAGAACAACAUUGGCCGUGUCCGAAGCUUCCACGCCUCUUUGGUCGGCAUGGUUCUCCCCAACGAUGACCUUCAGGUCAAGCUUCAGCACGUCGGUAUGGUCUCUGGCCGCAAGAUCAUCAAGGUCGAGGCUAGCAACAAGGAGACGGAGGAGAAGGUCCUCCUCGGUGAGGCAGAGGUUGAGCAGCCCGUCACGGCAUACGUCUUUACCGGCCAGGGUUCCCAGGAACAGGGUAUGGGUAUGGAAUUGUACGCCAGCAGCCCCGUCGCCAAGGAGGUCUGGGACCGCGCCGACAAGUACUUGUUGGACAACUACGGCUUUUCUAUCACCAACAUUGUCAAGAACAACCCCAAGGAGCUCACCGUUUACUUUGGUGGUCCCCGCGGUAAGGCCAUUCGCCAGAACUACAUGGCCAUGACCUUCGAGACCGUUGCUGCCGAUGGAACCAUCAAGUCGGAACGUAUCUUCAAGGAGAUUGACGAGAAGACCACCUCGUACACCUACCGCUCGCCCACCGGCUUGCUGUCGGCUACUCAGUUCACUCAGCCAGCCCUUACCCUCAUGGAGAAGGCCAGCUUUGAGGACAUGAAGUCCAAGGGCCUUGUGCCCCGCGACUGCACUUUCGCCGGUCACUCUCUGGGUGAGUACUCGGCCCUCGCUGCCUUGGCGGAGGUCAUGCCCAUUGAGAGUUUGGUGUCGGUUGUUUUCUACCGUGGUUUGACCAUGCAGGUCGCCGUCGAGCGUGACGCGGCCGGACGCUCCAACUACUCCAUGUGCGCCAUCAACCCCAGCAGGAUCUCCAAGACGUUCAACGAAGAAGCACUGCAGUUCGUUGUUGACUGCAUCUCGGAGGAGACGGGCUGGCUGCUUGAGAUUGUCAACUACAACAUCGCCAAUAUGCAGUACGUCGCCGCCGGUGACCUCCGCGCCCUCGACACGCUCACGGGCGUCACCAAUUUCCUCAAGCAGCAGAAGAUCGACAUUGAGGAGAUGCGCGGCAACAUCGACGAGGCCAAGGGUGCUCUCAAGGAUAUCAUCAAGGGCAGUGCAGAGGCGACGCUCAAGAAGCCGACCCCGUUGGAGCUCCAGCGUGGUUUCGCAACGAUCCCUCUCCGCGGUAUCGACGUGCCUUUCCACUCGACCUUCCUCCGGUCCGGUGUCAAGCCGUUCCGGUCCUUCCUUCUCAAGAAGAUCAACAAGACGACGAUCGACCCCGCCAAGCUUGUUGGCAAGUACAUCCCCAAUGUGACGGCGAAGCCGUUCGCCAUCACCAAGGAGUACUUUGAGGACGUGUACAAGCUCACCAACUCGCCCAAGAUUGCGUCAAUCCUGGCGAACUGGGACCAGUACAACCAGGACGUACCCGGCACCAGCGGCGUCACUGCAAGCCACGAGGGACCUGGUGCGGCCGCAUAA